GCAAUUCCUGCCGCUACCCAGGUCCAUGUGGUUGCCAACCUUGCAGCAGUUCGGAGCCAAAACCUUGUGUAAAUUGUGGUCUAGCUCGUGGACAAAAUCAAUGCUGCGCUUGUUGUAUGCCAGCUUGUAAACCGAGAUGUGUUCGACGAGGAGGUUGCAAUUCUUGUCGCUUGGAAAACAAUGACUAUUACGAUGACUACCAGUCGGGUCCUUAUAUUCCGUAUCGAUACGGAGUGAGUCGGAAUCGUUUCUUUGGAUUGACAACUGGUGGUUUUCCGAUGUACGGC